CUGCCUGCCGCAUCACAACCAUGGCGGAACACGGAGCAAGAAUUUCACCUAUGUGACGAUGACAGCGUCGUAAAGCGGCCACUACCCGGGGAUGAACAAACCGGGUUAGAUAGGACAUGUCGCCCGGUGACGAGUGGCGACCUUAAGGCUUAACUUUAAAGCCGCCUUCGAGUUACUUUGCUUCUUUUAUUACGACCCGGUUUCCUUUCAGGAAGCUCAUCCGCGUUGGGCCACAUUCAGCUUCAAGUGCUCGCCCGGAUGCUUUAAGUUGGACUUUUCUUUUUUUAUAUACAACACCAGGAUAAGCACUUUUUUUUUGCAUCAUGAUGGAACUUUUUGACAAUCUCGCUCACGGACUGGCGAACUUGUCCAUGUUUCCCUACUUUGACAUGGCGCAUUACAUCGUGUCCAUCAUGGCUCUGAGGGAGCAGCCAGGGGCUCUUGAGGUGUCCCGGCUUAGCCCGCUAGCCUGCUGGUUCAGCUCCAUGCUGUGCUGCUUUGGCGGCGCCGUGCUGUCCGGGAUUAUGCUGGCAGAACCGCCCGUAGCGCCCCUAUCCAACGGCACCAGGGUCAUGCUGGCUUCACUCAUGUGGUACUUGGUGUUCUACUGCCCCUCGGACCUGGUGUACAACUCUGCGGCCCUGCUGCCUCUCCGCUUGGUGCUGUCGGGAAUGAAGGAAGUGACGCGCACGUGGAAAGUCCUGGGGGGCGUCACUCUGGCCCAAAGCAAGUACAAGGAUGGCCUGCUGGUCAUGAUCGCCAUCGGGUGGGCCAGAGGAGCUGGAGGCGGGCUUAUCAGUAACUUUGAGCAGCUCGUUCGAGGAGUGUGGAAACCUGAAACCAAUGAGCUUCUCAGAAUGUCCUACCCCACCAAGGUGACCCUGGUCGGAGCGGUGCUGUUUGCCCUGCAGCAGAGUCACUACCUGCCGCUGCACACACACCACCUGAUGCUCAUCUACUCCACCUACACUGUCGCCAACAAGGCGAGGAUGAUGCUGACCGGCUCUUCGACAUCGCCGUUCGCCCCCGUCGAAUCGGUGCUCUUCAAGACGCUUUUUACCGGCUUCUCCCCGUACGCCGCCCUCACGCGGCGAGGUCCGGAACACGUCGACUAGUAACGGCGCCGGAAGCUCGCUCAGCAAAGAGUCCUGCAAGAGCAGGUUGUUUAAAACCAAAGACAAAUUGCAG